UUUGGCUCAGUCCUUUGAACAUUGAGACCACGCAUUACUGACCAUGGGCAGGGAGGUGCGUGGGGGCUGGCUGGUACUCGUUGUGGCAGGUGCAUUCUGCUGCAGCACUGGGCGAAUCUGCUGGAUUCCAGGCGGGCGCCGUGAGCUGCUUGCGGGAGCUUUGGCGGGCGGCAUCCUCGCACCGGGCAGUGCCAAUGCCUUCCAGAAUGCCGUUUAUCAGGUGGAACGGUCUUUGAACGAUGCGAAGAAGCCCGGUCCACAGCCAACAGACCUCGGGCUACUUGAGAGGGAUUACUUGGAGAACCCUGCGGACACCUUGAACAUAGAGGGCGCAGAAAAGAAGGGAGAACAAGGGAUUUUGAAGGAGUGUGGUGCAAGAGCGAAUUGCUUCUCGACCACGUACACCGAAGUUGUGGACAAAGGCUUCCACGACUUGCAACCAUGGAGCUUUAAGGGCAAGACUCCAGACAAUGCGAUGCAGGAGGUGGCAGAUGUAAUUGCUGAAUACCCUCCAGGGCAGAAAGGAAUUGACGGAGGAGGCUUCUCUGUCAAGGCGGUGGAGCCUGGAUACCUGUAUGUUCAGUUUGAAAGCUUGAAAAGGGGUCACCGUGACGAUGUAGAAUUUGCAGUGAUUCCUGGCACCAAAGAGAAUGCCCGAGAAGGGCAACUCUAUGUCAGAAGUGCCAGUCGACAGGGCACCUGGGACUUUGGCGUGAAUGCCAUCCGCCUCAACAGAAUCGCUGAGGACUUGAAAAAGAAAGGCGGCUGGGACAUACGCCCCAUUGAUGCCAAAUCGCACCCUCGUUAUUGGAGUCAGAACUGCUACGCGGGGGAUAUUGGCCGGAAAGCUCCGAUUGUCGUUCGGAAGGCGUUUCCAGAGUACUGUACAGGGUAUCCUCCUCAACAGUGACAGAGUGCCCGCCCUAGCUCUGUACAGUGCAAUAGCUUGAUGUUCCGCUCGGAAUCCCUGGCUACCCCUUGCGCGUGGUGGUCCCACACUUUGGCACACAGCCUGCGUUCGCAGUCCUCCACCGGCACAAUUUGAACUGGAAAUGGAUGGCAACAAUGGCUGCUGUGGGCAGCACGUGGAGGUUGCUUGCCAAGUAUGCUUGAAUAGUUCUCACACAUGGCGCUGACAUGUGUGUAC